AUGGACGCCAAGAUGGCUACUGAGAUAUUCAACACUUCCAGCACGCAGCCUGAGCUGUCGCAGCCAUGGGCCCACAAGACUUCCCCGUUGCAAGGUGCCCUACCAGACUUUCUGGCAAAAUGGUCUGCCUGGCAAUACGUCGUGACGUUUUUGGUUGGUUUAGUGCUGUAUGACCAAGUCUUAUACCUCAAGCGAAAGGGUGGCCUACCUGGUCCUACGUUCAAAAUUCCCCUCAUGGGCCCGUUUAUCCAAGCGAUUUAUCCAACUUUCGAUGGCUAUCUUAGACAGUGGGCGAGUGGACCUCUCAGCUGUGUAUCCAUCUUUCACAGAUUUGUCGUCCUCGCCUCCGACCGCGAUCUAGCCCAUAAGGUUUUCAAGUCACCUGCAUACGCCGAGCCAUGCCUUGUACCGGUUGCGAGAGACAUCAUAGGUCACAAAGCAUGGGUAUUUCUUCAAGGUAGAGACCAUGCUGAGUACCGGAGAGGAUUGGUUCCUCUGUUCACUAGCAAGGCUAUAGCCACCUACCUCCCGGUCCAAGAGAAGGUACUGGAUGACUAUUACAACCAGUUCGUUGCCGCUACCAAGGGGAACCAGGGCAAGCCAAUGGCAUUCAUGACGCUGUUCCGCGAGAUCAACUGUGCGCUUUCCUGCCGCACCUUCUUCGGCGAUUACAUAUCCGAUGACCAGGUGAAGAAGAUUGCCGAUGACUUCUACCUUGCUACUGAUGCCCUCGACCUGGUCAAUAUCCCUCUGGCGAUGUACGUCCCGUUUACCAAGACCUGGUUAGGGAAGCGGACGGCCGACGCUGUCCAUCGGGUAUUCGCCGAAUGUGCAGCUAGAUGCAAGGCAAACAUGGCGAAAGGUGCGACGCCCACCUGCAUUGUGGACCAUUGGGUACUCCACAUGAUGGAGUCCAAUCAAUAUCGCGAGAGAGUCGCCGCGGGGGAGACCAACUUAGAGAAACCCAAGAACAUGAUCCGCGAAUUCACGAACGAGGAAAUCUCAGACACGCUUUUCACAUUCCUCUUUGCAUCACAGGAUGCGUCCAGCAGUGCCACAACCUGGCUGUUCCAGAUCCUCGCCCAGCGGCCCGAUGUACUCAACCGAUUGCGGGAAGAGAAUCUGGCCGCGCGGGGUGGUGAUAGAAACAAGCCCUUCGACCUCCCCACGUUAGAAUCCCUCACCUACACAAACGCAGUCAUUAAGGAGCUCCUUCGCUACAAGCCACCUGUCAUCCUCGUUCCCUAUCUUGCAACAAAGGACUUCCCCGUAACGCCCGACUACACCGUACCCAAGGGCGCCAUGAUCAUCCCUUCCUGCUACCCAGCUCUCCACGACCCAGAGGCUUACCCCAACCCCGAUGUCUUCGACCCGGAUCGUUGGAUAACCGGAGACGCCGAGUCCAAGACCAAAAACUGGCUCGUCUUCGGUGCGGGACCGCAUGACUGCCUUGCAAGAAAGUACGUACCGCUAUCCUUAGCAGGUAUGAUUGGAAAAGCGUCGUUAGAGCUCGAUUGGGAACAUCAUCCCACGCCGAGGUCGGAGGAGAUUAGGGUGUUCGCCACACUGUUCCCGAUGGAUGGAUGUAAUCUGGUUUUCAAGAGGCGCCCCUAG